AUGCCAUUUAUCCCAGCGGCUGUCCUCAGCCUUAUCACGCUCAGCGGUGCUAUUGCUCAAGAGAUCCAAGUCAACGUACCCUCUGACCUCUCAACCAGAGCGCUUGUUCGAGAUGUAUAUGGAUAUUCGGUUGAGCCAGUCUGGAUAGACAGCUACCUACGCACUCCUUUGGCGGCCACGUUACUGGGACACAUAGGCGAUGUGACUGGCAAAGCACCCCCAAUCCGCGUUGGCGGCAACACGGCAGACCAAACGUAUCAGCAUGACUCUCUGCCCACUGGCAACAACUCUGUAGCUAUACCAUCACCGUUAACUGCCAAGCAGUUCAACAUCACGCCGGCUUGGUAUGAGACGUGGGGUAACUAUUUCCCUGAAGGAACCGAUCUUAUCUACACGCUCAACCUUGCCGUCAAUACUUCAGCCUGGGCCAACGCGGUGGCACAGGCCGAGGCCGCACAUGCUGCGCUGGGACAGAAGCUGACAAGUUUUGAGUUGGGGAAUGAGAUCGACCAUUUCAUCAACAAGCACUGGAGAGAUGCAACGUGGGGUGUCCAUACCUACAUCGAACAAUUCCGCAAUUUGACCGGUCAGAUCACUGGGUCUGAUUGGUAUAAGGCAGCAUCGAACCCGCCGAAAUUCCAAUCUGGUGUCUUUGCAGACCCUCCAUGGGUGCCUGAUCAACAGGAUGAGAUUGAUGAUUUCAGCAUAGAGAAUCUCACCGCUGUGGAGACUGCGCAGGACCGCGAGAUCAUCUCAAGCUAUGCGACGCACUUGUACCCUCAGUCGACGUGUGAUACCAAGCGAUGGUAUCGCAUGCGGCUUGAUCUCCUGUCCAAUCACACCACCCUCUGGUUGAACGUCUCGCAGUACGUUCCCCAGGUUGCAGCCGCAGAUGCUGCAGGCGCCCCACUCGUCAUGGGCGAGACCAACUCUGUGAGCUGCUCCGGAAAGAGUGGUAUCAGUGAUACGUUUGGCGCUGCAUUGUGGGGUGUAGACUAUGUCCUCAUGGCCGCUUCUAUCGGGUUUCAGAAGGUCUACUUCCACCUAGGAGCACAAAGCGAAUACAGCAGCUUUACGCCAGUGGAAUACGAUUUGAAAGGGGAACACCUUGUGCCAGGGAUCAGAGCCGGCUGGUACGGACAUUACUUCGUAUCCAAGGUGGCUGCAGCGACCAAUAACGAAAGUCUCAGCAUCGCGGCAAUUCCUGACGCCAACUCAAGCUCGCUAAGUGGCUAUGCUGUUUAUGGAGGCACACAGAAGACAUUGAAGAAACUGGUCUUCCUAGAUAUGGGCGUCUGGAAUGGUACCGAGGGCCUGAGCAACCCAUCGACGUUGAGCGCAACAGAUGGCACCGUUUUCAGCGAGGGUGCGCGGCCGAACAGCACCUUGCAAAUCACAACCCCUUGGUGUUCAGGGCGUGCUGUCAAAGUCACCCGACUCACCGGUCCGGGCACGAACGCAAAGAGCAACGUGGCUGUGUCUGGCGUAACCUUUGAUCCGGAGACAGGUGCCAAAUCAGGUGCAGAGGCUACCGAGACCACUACGGUUGGAGCUACCGGUCUCGUGACUGUUACAAUGACUCGUGCCGAUGGUGUUCUCCUGGAGGUGUCCGGCACUGAUCCUACAAAGUGUGGCAGCUCUGUGGGUACUUCCGCUGCUGCUGGCCGCUUGAGCUGGGACUCAUUUGUUUAUGCUAUUGUGGGCCUCAUGGGACUGAUACUCUGGUAA